UUAUAUUGUAUAUCAAAUAAAUAAAGAUACAUUAAAUAAAAAAAAAUAUUUAUAUAGUAAAUUCAGUUAAUAUUAAGUUAAUAAAGUUUUAUGGAGGAAUUUAUUUGGUAUUAUGCAGAUAGUUAAGCUCUGUAAGAGAGAACACCUAUAGGACCUGUUAGCAUUAGAGAUUUAGAUGUUUUGUAUAGGACUUCAGCAAUAAAUUCUGCAACUUAUGUUUGGAAAGAAGGUAUGCCUGAAUGGGUUUAACUUUUUAAAGUAUAGGAAUUGAAGGAGGCUAUUCUAGACGAGCAAUAAGAUAUUAAGGUAAUAUAAGAACUUUAUGAAAAGUAGUAGCAGGAACUAGCUCUAGCUAAUUAAAAGGGUAAAAAGUAAUAGAAAAUACAAGAUAAACUUGACAAAAAAUAAGCUUAGAUUGAUCAAAAGUUGCUUGAGGAAGCUAAAUAUAAUUAAUCAAUGAAUAGUGGCAAGGAGGAAGAUAUAAGUCAAGAUUAGGUAAAAUAAAACUUGGAAUUGUUAUAGCAAAUAGAUGAAGAAGAAGUGUUAGAUGAAGAUGAAGAAGAAGAAAGGGAGUAUUUAAAGCUGUUAUAAGAAAAUCCAGAAGAAGCGAUUUAAAGAAUGGCCAAUAACACUUUAAACAGCUAUUUUUACUAUUCUGAAGAUGAUAAAAAGUGGAAUAUUUGUAGAGAAGAUGAAAAUAAUGAGAGAGUUUGGAUCUAAUAAGAUGAAGAACCUAAAGAAGAAAUGGAUAAAAUGAGAAAUGAAUUGAUAGAAAAGCUUAGAAAAUAAUUUAUAGGUGAAGAAAACAAAGAUAUUGAGACAUUGAAAAGCAAUUUGAAAGAUCAGCUAUAAAUGUAAAAUGAUAUUGAAGAUAAUAACGCUGAUCCUAAAGAUAAAGAAAUUAUGAAAGGUAUGACAGCAGAGCAAAUUAAAAAGAUAAAACGUAACAAAAAGAAAGCCAAAAGAUAAGCUGAAAAAAAGAAAUAGAAAUGGUAUUAAUCUAGGGUUAAUACAUAUAUAUAUGUAAAGGGAUUGCCUCUUUCUAUUACAGAAGAAAAACUCGAUGAAUUCUUUUCCAGAGCAGGAGUAAUUAGAAAGGACCCAAUCACCAAUAAAAAAAAGAUCAAAAUUUACUCGGAUGAAAACGGUCUCCCUAAAGGUGAUGCAGUUAUCAGCUUUUAGAUGAUGGAAUCUGUAGAAAUUGCAAUUACUAUGCUUGAUGAGAGAGAAAUAGAACCAGGCCAUAUUAUUAGGGUCGAAAGAGCUAAUUUUGAAUAGCAUGGAGAUACUUAUAAGAAAAGAGAAGGUGUUGUUAUUAACAAAGAAAAAGCUUUGGAUAAAAUUUAACUUGCCUAAAUGAAAGCUGCUCAAAGAUAGGCUCUGGGUUGGGAAGAUGAAGACCAAAUUGACACAGGACUUAAAAUUGUCAUAUUAAAAAAUGUAUUUACUCUUAAGGAUAUAGAAGAAGAUCCAAAUUUCUUGGAAGAACUCAGAGAAGAAAUGGCUAAAGAGAUAGAGUCAACUUGUGGACCAAUUUAGAGAUUAAAAAUAUUUGAAGAAAAUCCAGAAGGAGUUAUUGAAAUUAAAUUUAAAAAUUCUGCUGAUGCCAAGGUUUGCAUUCAAAAAAUGGAUGGUAGAUAUUUUGAUGAGAGAGAACUUGAGUGCUUUUUCUGGGAUGGUAAGGUAGAUUACAAAAGGUCUUAAAAACAAAUGGAAGAUGACGAAUAAAGACUUGAAGAAUUUGGUAAAUGGAUAGAAGGAGGUGAUAAUAAUAAUUCAGAAAAUGGUUAAAAAUAAAUUAGUUGA